UCACUCAGCCUCUCUCUCUCUCUCUCUCUCUCCUCUUAUUCCUCUCUCUCUUAAGAGCCCACCAAGUUGAAACUACCAAAAAUUACCCACACCCCCAACAAGAUUCAGAGGGAGAGGGAGAGGGAGAGAGCCCCGAUAACCAAAAUCUUUUGAGUUAUAUUCAUGGCGCAGCAGCCUACAGCUAACGGUGGUGGUGGGGAUCUGACUCGGCAGCAGCAGCAACAACAACAGCAGCAGCCGCCGCAGCAGCAACAACAGUGGGCUCAGCAACAGCAGCAACAGCAACAAUGGAUGGCUAUGCAGUACCCGGCGGCGGCCAUGGUUAUGAUGCAGCAACAGAUGAUGAUGUACCCGCAGCAUUACAUGGCGGCGGCGGCUUAUAACCAACAACCCCAUUACCAGCAGCAGGCGCCGCAUCCUUAUCAUCAGAACAAGCAGUUCUCCCAGUCCCACAAGCAGGACGAGAUCAGAACGAUCUGGGUUGGCGACCUUCAUCACUGGAUGGACGAGACUUACCUCCAUGGAUGUUUUGCUCACACCGGCCAGGUCUUCUCAGUGAAGGUCAUACGCAAUAAGCAAACCGGUCAGUCAGAGGGAUAUGGCUUUGUGGAGUUUUAUUCACGUGAAGCAGCUGAGAAAGUUCUACAGAGCUUUAAUGGUACAGUGAUGCCAAACACAGAGCAGCCGUUCCGUUUAAAUUGGGCGACUUUCAGUGCGGGUGAAAAGAGAUCAGAUUCUGGCUCUGAUUUAUCUAUAUUUGUAGGAGAUUUGGCUGCAGAUGUGACUGAUGCAGUAUUGCAGGAAACCUUUUCUAGUAGAUUUUCAUCAGUUAAAGCUGCUAAAGUUGUUAUUGAUUCAAAUACUGGUCGUUCAAAAGGUUAUGGUUUUGUUAGGUUUAGUGAUGAAAAUGAGAGGACAAGGGCCAUAGCAGAAAUGAAUGGCGUGUACUGUUCAAGCAGACCCAUGCGCAUCGGUGUUGCUACUCCCAAAAAAUCAUCUGGGUACCAGCAACAAUAUAAUUCACAAGCUCUGGUAUUGGCUGGUGGACAUGGUUCAAAUGGUGUCGUAUCCCAAAGUCCUCAGUCUGACAGCGAGUCAAAUAACACAACUAUAUUCGUUGGUGGGCUUGAUGCUGAUGUCAGUGAUGAGGACCUCAGGCAGCCUUUUACCCAGUUUGGUGAAAUUGUCUCUGUUAAAAUUCCCAUUGGAAAAGCUUGUGGUUUUGUACAGUUUGCUAAUAGAAAGAGCGCUGAAAGUGCAAUCCAGACAUUAAAUGGAACAAUAAUUGGCAAGCAAACGGUUCGCCUUUCAUGGGGUCGCACACCGGGAAACAAGCAGUGGAGAGGAGAUUCGAGUAACCAGUGGAACGGAUCACAUCACGGAGGGCAAGGUUAUGGUGGGUAUGGAUAUUCAGUUCAGCAGCACACUGCAGCUGUGGCUAAUGGGGCCUCUUGACAGGAGACGAUGAAUCAUACGCGUCGUGUAAAGUGAACUUCUUACAGGAGUGGCUUUCUUAGAUAUAGUUAUGAAUAUCAAUCGUGAUUGAAAUAGGGUGGGUUUAGCGCUGCUGCUUUAGCUGAAUCUGUAGUAAAUCCUGAAUUUUGUAGCUGGAUUGAAUUGGUGUCUCAACUUUUUGUCUUUGCUUGUAUUUGCAUUAAAUACUUUAGAGAGUUUUGGUCUGCGGGGCAUUAUUAUUUUAUUUUUAUUUUUUUUUUCCAAUGGACGGGAAGUUCUUUACUUCAUUA